GUUUGCUGUGCCACUGGAGUGAACUGUAACUGCGAAAACAACGAAGAACAAUGUAACGGGUUAAUGAGGUCUUGACUUUUCAAUGACACCGGCAGUGUUCCUUGUAACCUUUCAAGGAAAUAUCUACAUUAAAAUUAACUAUCCCCGACAAACGGUUCCGGACCUUCAACAUGAGCGCGUCCUGGAGAACUGUUGGCGUUUGUUUUCUACUUUUGUUAUUGCAGAAAAAAGUACUUGCCUCGACCUGUGGACUAUCUAAUUUUACUGACACCCUUUCCGAAGAAGAAAAUGGUUCUAUUAACACCAACUAUACUGUCGACAUUACGGCAACACCAGAGACAGUUAACUUCGUUUAUCAAGUUUGUGAAGAGAACUCUUUAAAAACUGCAUGCAGCUUUAUUCGUGACAAGGACUCUAUGACCAUGGUUGGCCACGACAGGAGCCAAAAGAAAGGAGUUAGCUGCUACUGGGAACAACGAAAUGUCAGCAGGUCUGUGAUGGCUUUAGACAUCUACAUUUCUCAGGUCAUCACGAGGUCACUGAGUGUGAUGGUGCUGUCUCUAGGGAGAGGCGGGAUUGCCAAACCAAAGCGAAUCAUCCAUGUUAAUGUACUUUACCCACCUAAUGUUUCAAGUCUGACCGUCGACGGACACGAGGUUGAUGGUGAUUACAUUAUUGAGGAAGGCAAAAAGACCGAUAUUUUCUGCGUAUUUGACAAAGGCAACCCCCAAAUCAGUUUUCAGCUUCUGGAUAAAUAUAGAUAUGAAAUUAAAUCUGCUGGUAAUGAAGAACAUCUCAGCUAUUCACUCACUGUCUGGUGCAAACACGACUGGCCAGUGGUCAGCUGCGAAGGAAGCAGGUCGACACGGAACAGAUCAGUCUCCUUUCUGGUCAGGUGUCCUCCUCAGUUUCUUGAAAAAAUGAAAAUCGUUAAUCUACGAUCUUUUGAAGAGCUAACAUAUCAUGUUAAGGCUCACACGGCAGCGUUCACUGAAUGCCACUUGACACCAGUGGUUUCAGACGACGACAGCAGCAGCAACAACAACAACAACAUCAGAGGACUAAGCUGCAUCCUUAGCGGUAAACCACCGAAUCUCGUCCUGAGCGUUUAUCUACACAAACAAGCAAGUAUUACCCAAGGGAACUGGACACUGAAUCUUCGAAAUGAAAAAGGUUCUGCCAACACUAUACUGAGCAUCAUUUAUGGUGAAACCUCUUCCGUGUCGGUGGCUUCGGUUCCUUUUCGGCGGGCAGACUUGACAGUCGGCGCAGUUCCGCUUCAUGUCCGUUUGACCUUUGUGUAUCAGUGAACUUUAACCUGUGCUGGGGCUCAUUCGUCGUGCCAGUGCGACUGGUUCCAUCUGUUGGAUGUGCUACUUGGAACUGCAUUUGCUAUGGUGAAUUGUAUGACUGAUAUUUUUGUUUGAUAUUUGGACUACCUAUUGAGGUUCAUGUUGUGUAUGAACUCUGCCCUUAGGCAUGGAGUACACGGUCUGCUACAUACCCACAACAUUUUGUUAUGUUGCCACCUUAUUCUGACUUCCCCUGAUGUUACUUGUGAAGCGCCUUGAAAUUGCUCAUAAGG